AUGGUCGGUAAUGCGACCGAUCUUAUUAUGGGGAUUCGAAAUGUCAAGACCCUUUACUUAUCUGACAACACUCUUGAGGUACUCGCUUUCUGUUGUGAGCCAAUGCCGGUUUUCGACAACCUAAUCCAGUUAACUGUUAAGAAUGACCGAACUCUCCAAAUCUAG